CAUUCGGUAUUCAAACGUGUCAUCACAAUGUCGCUGUUUAAUCUGUGUUCAACUUUUUAAUUUGUGACAGUUAUUUUUUUUAAAUUGUGACAAAAAAAUUGAGCAAAGGAAACACUGCAGUGAGGACUUUUGUGUUGUUUGUAUGGUGCCGCACGUUUGAAAUGUGGAAAUUAUUUGUUUUUGUGGCCAUAAUUCCGUGGGCAGCAUCUCAGAACGGGAGAGACAACCACGACCACGGGCACGGCUGGGACAUCCGGCUAGCGGUGCCUGGCGAGCCAGGAUCCGACUACCCCACCCUGGGUGCUAUCCCCAGGACCUCCUUCUCUUGCGCUGGACGGGAACCAGGAUAUUACGCAGAUUACGAAACCAGCUGUCAAGUUUUCCGAAUAUGUACAAUCGGGGCCACUUAUGGCUUUCAGUCCUUUCUCUGUCCCAACGGAACCCUCUUCAACCAAGGUGUGUUCGUCUGUGACUGGUGGAUGAACGUUAAAUGUGAGAAAUCUGACACAGAAUUAAUUAAUAAUGGAGACAGGUUCAGUAAUCUUAGACUGGGUCCUCAGUUGAUGAAAGACAUUAAGAAAAUGCUCACUCAUCCUAUGCGCAAUCCUUACGAUCUUACAUCUAUGAGAGGAAAUUUGAUUGUUAUGCAAGAUUACAAACCUCCAGUUGGUCAACUGUUUCCCAAUGAAGCUCUAUUAGGAGGCCCAGGAAGAAUCCCAAACAACGUGUAUGUGCCAGCUAAACAAAUUCAAGCACCGCAAAAUUUUAAUGACAAUAAUGACUUAGUUUUUGCUGCUUCCACACCUGAGCCUAGAUAUUUACCAGCUGCAUUUAACACUAUACAACCAUCGACACAAGACGCAGAAUUUUUCCAAAGGCAAAGGCAAAAUGGCCAAUAUAGUCAAUACAACGGCGUUCAAAAUGUACAGACUCAACAACGGCUAAAUCUGAACUCUAAUGGACAUACAGGUAGUGUGACUCAAUCUACAAAUUUAGCUUAUUCAAACAAGUUAAUCGCAUCACCACCAACGCAACCUACAUGGCCUACUCAGAACUACAAUCAAGUAAAUUUGCAGUUUGGAAAAAAACAAAAAAUCAAUUCUGCACCUACGCUCAAUACACAAAGUGUAGUCAAUACUCACAGAGGACAGUUCAAUGAACAACAAUCCCAAUACAAUAACGAUAAUCAGAAAUUUUCUCAGUUGAACAAUAAGAAACAAUCUGAGCUAGGUUUAGCCAGACAACAGAAUAUUUUUAACUCCAAUCAAGAAAAACAAGCAUAUACAUACAAUGCACCUAGUCCUCAAUUUAUAAAUGAAAUCAGUGGAAAACUUGAAGCUAAGCAAAAUUUGGUAAGUACCGAUUCAUCACCUAAGCCUACAAUUAUUGCUAAAACAUUAACACUUAGCAGACUUGUAGAUGAUCCCAAACCUGGAAAACCCAAAUCAAGAAUUACUGUAAAAACAUGGAUAGUUAAACCGUCCAAAUCCGCAAAAUUAUUAAGUCCAACUCCUUAUACUUAUAACAGACCUACAAGAACGCCUACAGAUGAAUUUAAUGACAGUACUCCGUACGUAUAUAACAGACCAACGACAUAUUCACAGACAGAAAGAUUUGUAACAGAAACGAAUGAGCCUUAUGUGUAUAAUAGGCCAUCAGUUUCUGCCAAACAAAUAGUGACCACAAACGGUCCUUAUAUAUAUGAUAGACCAACAGUGGCCGCUAAACAAAUAGUGGCUACAGACGGAUCUUAUGUAUAUAACAGGCCUACAGCAGCAGCUAAACAAAUUGCUACUACGAAUAAGCCAAUGCCAUCAUAUGCUCCCCCAGCAGCACCUCGUCCGACGUUUUCUGGUCGACAGUAUCUAGCUCCCAUUAUUGCAACUCCACCGCCAACGAAAGCUUCUUUAGUAUAUCUGCCUCCAACGACUUUUAAGCCGGCAGCUAAAAUUUAUUUGCCACCUGAAAAUCAAACUCCAAGACCUGCCUUAUUAGCAAGACAAUAUUUACCCCCUGAACUAGUUGAACCGACAUAUUUUCCUGGUGAACAACUUCGCCAAGCUGCUACUUCACCUACAACUACAUUUACGUCUACAAGUAUAACCACUACUAAUACCCCGAUAUUUCCCCAUAUCAAUAAUAAUCAUAACAACCUAACAUUUUCUGAGAUACUUACCAAGGAAAAUUUAGAUAUAACUGUCAAUAAUAUUGUAAAGGAUACAAGUAAAGUUUUAAAUACAGCUUCUCCUGCUCAGUUUGGACAGUUGAAACAAGAUAGUGCUAUAGAUUAUCUUGAUGAUAAAUACUUACCACCGGGACCAACUAUUACAGAUAGCGGUGAAAAACUAACAUCCCAAACUCCAGUAGUUUCUAAAAGUUCAAAACUAAUUUUAGCUCCUUCUGUAGAUUUAGAACCUCCUAUCGAAACUCAAAAAAACUAUCAUAUCACUAAUCAGUUAUCUAACUUACCUUUUUUUAAGGAACCGCCAAUACCAACAAAUACAAUAGAAAGAACAGUGUCGUUAAAGAUAUCUAUACCAGAAAAAGUAGCUGACUACCUAUUCAAACGUAACAAUGAUACUGACUUUAAUCAUUUGGAAAUACUUAAUACAGGAAGCAGCAACUAUUUAGUACUAACUAAUAAUCAUUUUGUUAAACCUACCACUACAAGCUUCAUCCCUAUAGGUAAAUUGAUUGAAGAUAAAAAUUCAAAUAUUUCUAAUUCACAGGCCCUUUUAUUUUCGCUACUGGCUGACUCCAUCAACGUUGCUAAAGAAUAUAGUAACUUGGAAAAACAAGACACUACAGUAUCCACAACUGCAUUAAACCAGUACAAAGAUAACGAAGACGUAUCACCAAUAACACAGAGGAUAUCACAACUAACAUCGUCACAGUUUGGCAAUAGUAACUUAAAUUCUAUGAACACUAUAACAGCAACUAAAUCUACUAUCACUGAGAACGAGUUAACAGAAAACAUUAGUCAUAAUUUUAUUCAACAAGACUAUAAACCUCAACAAUUACAACAACCACCUACAUCACCACCACAACAAGCGCAAAUUCAAAGAGCUCGAUUCCAAAAUGCUGUCCUCGAUGAAAAUACAGGAUACCCUUACCCAAUCAAUCCUCAAAGUGUAUAUAGUGGUCAGUUAUAUCAACUACCAGUGCCUGUAGUAACCAACCAGAUAUAUAAUAAAGAUAGCUCUGCCAAACUUAUUCUUCCCAAUAAUUUACAAAAUACAAACUCAAAUGAAAAUUACAAAAGCAACAGUAAUGAAGUGAAAUCAACUCGCACAGUAGUUGAAAAUGUUCGAUCUGAUAAUCAAGGUAAUAGAAAUGAUAUCAAUGAUUUUCUAAGAGACGAUAAUGGUAUAUCAGCCCAAAUACAAGACCAAAUUUCAGGAACUAUUAAUCAUCCUUCAGACAGCAACAAAUUGAUAAAUUAUAAAAAAGAUCAAACAUAUUACAUUUACACAAAACUAAAUAAUGUUAACGAAAAUGUUCUUACCAGCCAAUCAGUACAGCCGCACUUGCCACAAAAUGCAAAAUUAAUUCAAACUACAAAUACUCCAAAAGUCGUCGCGUUUCAGUUCAUUCCAUCGGUUAGUUAUCAAUUAGAUGAUGAAAAAGAUCAACAAAGGAUUUUGAAUGCCUUUCAAAUAGAUCAGUUUGGUAGUCCAAAGCAGAAAUCGGGUAAACUUCAAGAUUCGGUUCAAGGUCGAGAAAUUCUUACUAGUGAUAUAAAUUACACAGUAGAUCAUACACCACCAGAACAACUGAAGGCACAAUAUAAUGAUAUUAGCACUCUUUAUAAUGGACCAUCAUCCUAUUCAGCACCUCAAGCUUCAAUAGGUAAUUUGCGAUUGGCUCAGGUUAACAAUUAUAAUUCAAAAUUAGAGUUAGAAGACAACAGUAUAGGGUAUUCUCGUAGAGUACCAACUCGGCAAUUUAAUUUUUAAGAACAGUAGUAGUACACCCAUGUGUUGAGAGAUAGUGAUGCGAUUAUUAAUUAAAGUUACCAAUAUGUCAGUAAUAUAUUUAAGCUUAAUUUAGUCAUAACUGUAAAUAUAAAUAAAUCUGCACCAUUUGUAAUUAGUAAUUAUGGUAGGUUAUUAAUCGUUAUUUAAAAUAAAAAAUAA